CUUUUCUGCCAUCUCCCAAUCUCCUCUCAUGUCUCGCGUGAAACCCUAGCUAGAUUUUCUUCUCCCUGAACCCUAUUCCUACAUUUUCUUGUCGCAGCAAGCAGCGGCCAACGGGAGAUCAGCUGAGGGGGAAGAUAUUUGAUGGACGCUUCUGAGAUUCCCCAGUGUGUCCGUCCCGAGAAGAAACCACGUCUGGAUGGCGAGACACAGUCACUUUCCCCAACAUUGAUAGUGGCUGCAACCAAGGUUCUUGAAGAUGACAACCUCCUCAGAGAGAUUAUCGUCCGCGUCGGCUUCCCCACCACCCUCGUCCGCGCCGCGCUUGUUUGCAAGCGCUGGCUCGGACAUGCCUCCGACCCCGCCUUCCUCCGCCGGUUCCAAAUGCCAUGUGAAGAUGAAGGGUGCCAUCCAGGAAUAUAAUAGAGCUGCAUUUCCUUAGAAGCAGCUCUUACUGUGUUCACUAUAACUUGCACUUGAUUAAUUUAGGAUGCUGUGUAACCGGAUCAUGUACUCCUAUCAAUCUAUGCUAGAUAGGGGUCUUAUCCCUAUGGUGCCAUGACUGUUUAUGACAGAUCUUUAUUUCCUGAAGGAGACCCAACUGUUUUUGCCAGCUUGUUAUGUAUACCCAUUGCAGAAUCAGUUUUAGGCAAUGUGCCAAUUUGUAA